UCCGCCAGUUUAUCACGUGCCCCGUCCUGACCAAUCAGCGGCGAGCUGCUGAGCCUGCCACUGGAAGCCAGUGGACCGUAGCAGUCAGGAAAGCUGUGGCCAAAACAGAUGUUUUGUUUCAAAUUCUCUGCUUUUAGGCGACAAAUUUGAACCGGAGAAAUGGAGGAGGGAAGCGUGGAGAGCCUUGCGGAGGUGUUCCGAUGUUUCAUCUGUAUGGAGAAGCUGCGUGAUGCCCGCCUGUGUCCUCACUGCUCAAAACUCUGCUGCUUCAUGUGUAUCAGGCGAUGGCUGACAGAGCAGAGAUCACAGUGCCCCCACUGCAGAGCAUCUCUUCAGCUCCAUGAGUUGGUGAACUGUCGGUGGGCGGAAGAGGUGACCCAGCAGCUGGACACGCUACAGAUGUGUGGGAUGGGCGCCAAGCACAGCGACGACGACAGGGACAAGUGUGAAGUCCAUCAGGAGAAGCUGAGUGUGUUCUGCUGGACCUGUAGGAAGUGCAUCUGUCAUCAGUGUGCUCUCUGGGGAGGCACGGUUUGUACCGAUAUGCAUGGCGGCCACACGUUCAAGCCCCUGGAUGAGGUGUAUGACCAGCACGUAGGAAACAUCAACGAGGAGGUGGCAGCUCUGAGGAGGAGGCUGAUGGAGCUCAUCAGUCUGGUGCAGGAAGUGGAAAGAAAUGUGGACAGUGUACGACAAGCGAAGGACGAGAGAGUUCGAGAGAUCCGCAACGCUGUGGAAAUGAUGAUAGCCAGGCUAGAUGCACAACUUAAGAGUAAACUUAUCACACUCAUGGGUCAAAAGAACUCUCUAACCCAGGAGACAGAGCUGCUUGAGUCAUUGCUACAAGAAGUGGAACAUCAGCUAAGGUCCUGCAGUAAGAGUGAGCUGAUAGCUAAGAGCACAGAGCUGCUACAGAUGUUUACCCAGGUGCACAGAAAGCCUAUGGCGUCCUUCGUCACGGCACCUGUACCUGCAGACUUCACCAGUGAGCUUGUGCCCCCAUAUGAUGCCAGUACUUUUGUCAUUCAAACCUUUAGUGUGUUACAACAGAGAGCUGACCCAGUCUACAGCCCACCUUUACAUGUCAAUGGGCUGAGCUGGAGACUCAAAGUCUAUCCUGAUGGUAACGGCGUCGUGCGAGCGAAUUACCUGUCAGUAUUUCUGGAGCUGUCAGCAGGGCUGCCGGAGACGUCAAAGUAUGAGUACAGAGUAGAGAUGUUGAACCAGUCCUCCCCAGACUCCAGUAAGAACAUUGUUCGAGAGUUCGCCUCGGAUUUUGAAGUUGGAGAGUGCUGGGGUUAUAACAGAUUUUUCCGUCUGGACUUGCUAGCCAGUGAGGGUUACCAUGACAUCCCGUCGGACACUCUGGUGCUGCGGUUCCAAGUCAGACCACCAACAUUCUACCAGAAGUGUAGGGACCAGCAAUGGCACAUUCGACAACUGGAGUCAGCUCAGGCCGGAUAUGUUGCAACUGUUAAUGAUUUAAAGGAGAGAUUAGCAAUAGAGCUGUCACGUAAUCAGAGAGGGUCAGGAAAGGUGGGGAAGGGGUCGUCGGAAGCAGCCACCUCAGAAGCAGACAACAGAAUGACCUUCAUCGAGAGUCAGCGAGGAGACAAUCCGUCCCCCGUCCACCCAAUCCUCAAACCUCGCGCCAAGCGAGUGGACUCCGUCUCCAUGGACCUAUGCACAGGGGAUGACAUUGUGGAGGGUCCACUGAUAAAGCGUCCGCACAAGAGAAAGGGGCCGGCCGGGCCGGACAUGGACGUCGAGUGUCUUGAAGGAAGGGGCAGAGAAGAGGCCACGGACGUUCAAGAAAGAGAGGAUAGCGCAGACGAAACACAGGAGGCAAGUGAAGGUGACCUUGAUGAUGCCACCCAUGACGAGGCAGACGAGGAGGAGCAGUCAGAGUCCAGUAACGAUGAGCGGGAUGUGGACGAAGAAACCAUGUCAGCUGACAUUGAUGUGGAGAACUGGCAGAGUUACGACAUGGAGGAUGGAGAGAUGGAGGGGGCGGUGGGGUUCUCCCUGGACCAGGGGAGGGGCGGAGAGAGAGAACAGGAGAGUGACGAAGUGCGCCUGCUUCGCCUGCUGGAGCUGAAGGACAAGAGCUCCACGGACAAGUGGCUGUUUCCGUCCAGACCCAGCGCUCUGCUCAAGAAUGAAGAACUCUUCGCCGACCCAGGAAACUCGCGGCGGUUCCGGGAGCGACGGAAAGACAAGCUGCGGUACCACACGGCGCCGUCGCUCAGCAGCCGAGUCUUCGACACCCUGAACAUCCAGCUACCGGAGGUGACGCUAGGCUCUACGGGAAACGCUGCCUGCAGAGAAUACAGCACUGUACACAUCACUGUGGGAACGGAGGCUCCAGGCAAUGUUAGUAGUGACAAAGUUGCAAAGAAAGUUUCAUCCAUUGGGCAAACGGCGCGUAGCUCCGCAAGUAUCAAAUUACGAAGGUACGGCAUCAACACCAGCUAUCAGAAGAGCUCCCAAGUGACAGCGAUGUCCAGCGGUGCCAGAGUGGACCGUACAGACAGUACUGAGGAUCAGGCUGGCAUAGUUCCAGACCAGGAUGACCUAGACAGCAGUAGCAGUUCCAGUAGUAGCUCCAGUAGCAGGGCCAGCUCCCCCAACCCUAACACCUCUCUGGAGGAGUACCCAUUGGUGGACCUGACUGACACAUCCUCCGCCAUGAGUUCAGCUCGCCUCAUGGCUCGUCUCAGUUCCCUGUCAGAGUCAGACCAGAGCAGGGUAGAGCCGUGCACCUCUCCCAGACAGUCUGAUGGUGGAGCCACGCCCGGGAAGGAAGGCAGCCUGAAGUGGACUUCUCAGCUCCUGUCAGAGCUAGGCAAACCUGGUAGUGGUGAGACCAGUCCUGAGGGGGCCGGACCUGAGCAGGGGGCAGGGGACCACUCCCAUGGCAGGACUCCUCAACAGGACUUCAGUGCCAACAUCAGUGCCGAGCUUGAAGAGGUGUUGCUACCACAGACACCCCAGGGGGACCAUGGGAGCUACAUAAGGUCCAGGUCAACUGAGGUCAUCACUCAGAUAACCAGUGGUGGAAACAGUCCAUCCUCUGACUACCCAAGAGACUCUACUACAACAGACAGAUCCUUUGACGCAGAGUCUGCCGUUUGACAAGCCGAAUGCUGCAAGCCUUAGUCACCACAUUGGGGAGCUUCUUUCACAAGCUUUUUGUCAACACUUGUGACACUAUCUGUAUGUUGUCAGUAGAGAUUCAGUGUACUCCUGAACACAAACAUAGAAUCUUAACAUCUGUAUACUACGACCACCAGCUCUCAAGAAGGUAGUACAUGAAUGUAAACUAUGCUAAGUUAGGUAGGUGGGAAUUUGACAGCCAAAUCACAUUGUAAAUAAGAGAUGUUAGGGGUGCCUAAGUAUUUAUACAAAAUUUUACACUAUUCAUAUGAGUUUUACCAAACAGAUAAGAACUUUACGGAGUAUAUACAAUCUUUACUCCCAGUAAAGCUUUUGAAAUCUUUAAAAUUUGUAUAUUUCUUAGUAGUUGAUUGUAUGGAUUCUGUAAAAUUUGCAUGUAUUUUGUAAAACUAGAAUGACAUCCUUAAAGGUUGUAUAAAUACAUGGGCACCCCUGGAUGUAUGUAGAAAUGGAUUGUUACAAAGUAGUUGUACCAUGUCAUGGCCUUUCUAACUUGUAGUGUUGUACACAAGUUAAAUUUUUCAUUCAUCACUGUGUAUGGAAUUGUCCAGAUCUUUGUACACAUCAAAACUGGCAAGGAAAAAUGGACACCACUUUGUACAAAAAGGCAUAGUGUUGUAACAACUGUCUUUAAAGUAAUGACGUUGUGAGGAAAAGAAUAACAGCUUUUUUACAUGCACUGUUUUUUUAUGGAUGUCAGAAAUGCAAUAGUAACUGACUGAAAGUAUGUAAAAAAGUGAAGAACACACUGCCAUGCUAAUAGUAAGGAAACUACAUGUAAGAUUUCCAGCUUGAGGCCACUCAUUCUAAGGUUAUGUUAGUAUUUGUUACUGCACUGUUCAGCAAAAUGCAAAUGUAUCUUUACUCUUACUUUGGUCAUAUUUCAACUGACUAUAAUAUGUGUUAUGUACUAUUUUAAGCAUUGCCUUAUGAAUGUUAAAUAAAAUUAUGUUGCACC